CUCAUGACUCAAGAGGUUCCAAGAAAGCUGUCGUACUUUCCUUUCGCAAGACGGGCUUUCAUCAAAUCAGGGCAAAAAUUCAAGUGAAAUCAAGAAUGGCGUGCAAGAUCUCAAGUGAUUUCAGACUGAUCGACGAUGAAGCUGGUCUGGAAGAUGCUCUUCAUGGGCUUAAACGAGAAAUUAGCGAUAACUCUCGCUUUAUAGCUGUUGAUUGUGAAGGUGUUAACCUGAGCAGGAAGGGAGCGCUCACCAUCAUAACAGUCGCAACGGAAGAUAAAGUCUACAUAUUCGAUGUUCUCAAACUAGAGCAAGCAGUUUUUUCCUUUGGCCUUGGCGAAAUCCUGGAAGAUAAAUCGAUUGGGAAGCUGAUGUUUGAUUGUCGGGAAGAUUCAGACGCCCUGUGGCAUCAAUUUAACAUAAAAUUGACGGGAGUGUUGGAUCUUCAGCUGCUUGAAAUCCUCUACCGCCGUGAGAAUGACACAGCUACUCGCCACGAACCUUUUAGCGCAGGGUACACACGUCGGAGCCACAGACCCUACGAAGUAGAGAGCAUCUAUGGUUUUCGUCGUUGUCUUGAGCUGUACGUUCAGGAUGAUGAUUUGAUCAAGGUGAAAAAUGGGGGAAAAAUUCUUAUGAAGAAAGACUAUGGAGUUUGGAAAAAAAGACCCUUAUCGGAUGAAUUGAUGGAGUACUGCAUCGUGGAUACAACGGCGAUGUUCAAGUUGUACGAGAAAAUGAAAGAUGUAAAAGAAAGAGAAGAGGCUCGUCUCCGAGUGGCAUCUGAGAAAUACGCUAAUCUCUAUCGGCAGAAAUCCGUGAGGUUCUUCGAUGAUUACGAGAUGAAUGCGUUGCUUCCACUCGAUAUAAUCCCAGAGAAAGGGAAACUUUAUUUUCCGCACGCCAAUACCGAAUGUACCGAAUGUUUGCGACGGUUUCCACGAGAGGAAUUCAGUAAUACUCAGCUAAGAAACGGAGAGCCGAAAUGCAGGGUGUGCAAGGAGAUAAAGCUGAGAGAAGACGAAAAGAAUAGCAGAGAAAUGCAAAACUUCCUCCGUUUUGAAGUCUUUUCCCGAUAUAGCGACGAUGAUUUUAUCUGUGGCGAUAGCGACGAUGAAUACUCAGUCUUCUGGUAAUGCAGAGAACUCUAGACCCCAGUUGAGAAUCCAAAACCUUGUGAUUCACUUUAGCGAAUUUAAAACUUUGUUCCUGAAUUCAAAAGGAGUAGCGCUAAACUAUUCGUAAUUAGCCAGUUGUGUCAUUUUUGAUUGUUCUACAUAUCUAACAUAUUAGUGCCGCAGUUUUCCGUGAUAACCGUGGCCUGUAUCUACUGACGAAUCAUGCAAACAUAAACGUACUUCAUUUAAAGUAAUUUAGAUGUGACACUGAGUCACGGCCAUCACAGUUACAUUACCAUCAAAUUAUAUUUCUAUGUAGAACAGUGUUAGGAUGUGUCAAAAUGGUCGUCGAAGGCCCGCACAAAGGAUGGUUACCAGUUACAGUUUAGAUUGGGCUAGUAGCACAGAUUUACUAAUUUACUUCUUUAAGUAUAAUAAUAAUAAGUAUUAUGUUCUCCAGAAUUCUGUGUCAGGAAUGACUGAAGCCAAAUUUCGUUGACCUGUGGUUGAUACAAGUUGGAGAAUCCGGUACAGCUUUUGCAACACAUAUCAGAUUAAGUAAUGUCAUUUAAACCACGUCAGACUCGUCCUACGACGUUUCCACGCUCAAUGCGUGGCAAUACGAAUGCGAGACUGCAAUUUUGCUACUGAACACAAUAACUGACCUCACAAGACACCCAAUUAAAUGAUUCGAUAAAAUUAGCAUUGUUAUAAAGUCUUACUAUUCAAAGUUAACCUUUUCUUUAUUAUAAUCACAUAACUAACGAUUACUUAUUGGACCUCCUUCAUAUAACAAAUUUGAACGCGUUCUUUUUUUAAGAAUUAAAACUCUGAUUCUGCUUUUGACUUAAGUGGUACGAUUUGAAGUAAA